AUGUGUCCUCUCAGACUCAUUCUCAUAUUCUUGUCUGCUACUCUUGCUGGCUUUUUCGUCCUCAGAAACCUUAGAUCUCAACCUCAACCUCAACCUCAUCUCACUGAGUUUGAAAAUGAAGAUGAAGCUAUGGCAGAAACAGAAACCUCGGAUUCUGCUAAACCAAUCUUAAAUGCACCUUCUAACUCCAAGGUUAAGGUUGCAUUGGAAUCUGGGUUUUGGACAUUUGUUGACAUGGCUUCUGGUCGUUAUCUUUGGAGGCAGCUGGUUCAAUCCUCUUCAAAGGAAUAA